AGGGAGAUUGAGCGGGUAGGUCCGCGCGUCUAUGUAUACUGGACGGGAACAGGACGUCCAGUGUAGUCGAAGAGUUUAUCAUCUGCGCGCAUAAUAUAUGGUGACCGUAAAAGGCGCACUCUCAAGUCUCUCAGCAGAAAUCGCGAGCUGCUCUGACAUUUGCGCAAGGUGUGGAAUCAACAUGCACAGCGUCGGGCAAUCCCUACUUUUCCUGGCCUGCGUUUCGCUGCAGCUGAUUGUGGACGUCGCAGCAAAUCAGAAUAAUCGGAGCGAAUCCUUAGGCCAAAGGAGCGUGGACGACGUACCUUUGUUCCUGACACCGUACAUCGUGAACGGGAGCAUCGCAGAAGCCCGGAGGAGGAGCGAGGUCGAGCUGUUCAAAAGCCAAGUCGGGGCGAAGGCGUACUCGGGCUUCGUCACCGUCAAUGCCACCACAGCGAGCAACUUAUUCUUCCUCUACAUCAAGGCCGAAAAGAAUGCAAGUGCCGAUACACCGCUGGUCCUGUGGCUCGAAGGCGGCCCCGGCAAGACGGCGCUGUUCGGCCAGUUUCUCGAGAGCGGACCACUGGGCAUCGGCGCUGACGGACAGCUGUACCGGCGACGGCCGACGCUCCAGGAGGAAGCUGACGUCGUCUACCUGGACCAGCCUGUCGGCGGAGGCUACAGCUUCACGAGGGACCGGCGUGGUUUCGCGCGCACGCUUGACGACAUCACCGGCUCCAUCGAGGAGUUCCUGCGGCAGUUCCUGAUGCUGUUUCCAGAGAACAGGAACAGGCGCUUCUACGCCCUCGGAGAGUCGUACGGCGCUCGAUCAGCCUUAGGGAUCGUGAACCGCCUUCAAGUAAACAAGACACUCCCACUGAGAGUCUCCGGAGUGAUCCUCGGAGUCCCUUUCAUCGCCCCUCUCCUGGACCUAAUAGACUCUUCGGACUACCUGUACAGCACAGGACUGAUUGACCCCCGAGGUCAUGGGAUGCUCACCCAGCGCUUCCAGCAGAUCAAACUCGCCUCCCAGGUGAACCGCACCAUAGCCGCCGCUCUGCUGCUGAAGACGGUGUUCAACGCAAACUUUGACAACGAGCCCAGCCUGUACCAGCAGCUGACCGGCUACACGGAUCACGGAAGCGUGCUGCGAAGCAGACCCGAACCUCAAACACUCAUGUUUUACGAGUACGUCACGAGCGACGCCUUCAAGAGGGCCAUUCACGUGGCGGGAGCUAUGCCUCUGCAAGCGCAGAAGCUGGCACUGGGACUGAGCUUGGCGCAGAGCGACUACUUCACCGACAUCAACGACACCCUCGCCAGAGUUCUCGACACGAACAGGGUACUGCUCUACACGGGGCAGAUGGACACCGUGUUCCCGGCGGUGAACAUCGACCGGUACCUGCGUCAGCUCAAGUGGAGUGGUCAGCGCGAACUGGCGGAGGCCCAACGCGAGACCUGGUACUCGUUCGCCGACGCUACCAGACCCGCUGGGUACGUGACCCGGGCGCGGAACUUGACCUACGCCUUGGUCUCCCGCGCCGGUCAUCACGCCACCUUCGAUGAGCCCCAAGCGCUGUUCGACCUCACGUACAGUUUCAUUCACGGCAGAAAAUACGAAGCAUCAUGAGCACGUGCGUCCUUAUUUAAUCAUUCUACAGAACCUGUUGCAGUGUAACGGCUUUUCAUUCCGAGGAAAAGAAAGGAAUGACCGACAGUCGCCCGCUUGUGGUGCUAAGGCAUUGCAGAGCGUUAAAUGACGAUGACUGAUGGGUGUUAUCGGCGCAAGGGUCGUAUGUGCGAAAAGCGCUGACGGCGACGGUGAUAAAACAUCAUGUAGCGUUCAGUGGCAAUGCAAAGAUGAUGAUUUGGCUGUUUAAAAGCCUCCAAAACAGCCGCUGCGAACUUGUGGAAUACAUAAAUUAACUUAAAGUACAAAAACAAAUUGUCAGCAGGGCAUUAAAUGCGAAAAAUAAGACAUAGCCAGAUGGUAAAAUGUUUUGAAUGACACUAGCACCCCUGCCUAGCCGUGACCAUUGAGCACGAAGGCCUGGAUGUGCGUGCUGUACAAAAUAGCAGGAAGCAUUAAAGGUUUCAGUUCUUAGAAUAUC